UACUUAAAAAAAAAAAAAAAGCAACAUAAACAAAUAAAUCAACACUCUUAUCACACUGCAUCUCUCCUAAAGAAUCUCUCACAGGGCAACCUCAAGUGAAGUACUAUCCUGUAGGGAUUCAAAAUCAAUGGCCUCAACUCCCUCCACCACACUCUCUCUUCCUUCUUCAUCAACCCUUGUGGAUGCCAAGGCUCCUCGCCAGUCAGCUGCUGCCUCACCCCAAUGUGUAACCCUCCCUACACUCCCACCGCCGCCUGUUCAGUCUCAAAAUCGCCUCUGGAAGACAACUGCUUGUUGUCGAAAGAUUGCGCGCAAUGUUAUGGCUACGGCAACAGGAGAGGCUCCAGCUGAAGUUGCAGGAACUGAAUUGCCAGAAAUUGUCAAAACACUGCAGGACGCUUGGGACAAAGUUGAAGAUAAGUAUGCCCUGACUUCACUUGCAGUCACUGGUGUCGUUGCAUUGUGGGGCUCUACCGGGAUGAUUUCUGCAAUUGAUAGGCUUCCUUUAGUUCCUGGCGUACUUGAGCUGGUUGGCAUUGGCUACACUGGGUGGUUUGCAUACAAGAACCUGAUUUUCAAACCAGAGAGGGAAGUAUUUAUACAGAAAGUAAAGGACACAUACAGGGAUGUAAUCGGAAGCAGCUGAAGGAAAACCAACUAAUAAUGCUGCUGAUAAGAUGUGGUAGACUUCAAAUUUUUUUCACGCAAAUAUCUUGCAGCAUUAAUGCACGAGGAUGUAACCUUGCUUCUUCUGUUCACCCCCGUUUCUAACCAGAGUAAGGCCCUUGUAUUGUAAUUGUACUGUUUUAAUCCUUUGAAGAUACAUGUAGCCAAAUAUUUCAAUUGCCUUUUUUUAGCACUA